UUCUAACUAACAAUUUGAUCUAUUGAGUUGCUGAAACUCGAAAAUGCCAAUCACAAGAAUUGCAGUUGGAUCGCCCGGUGAGGCCAGCCAUCCCGAUGCUCUCAAGGCCGCACUAGCUGAAUUCUUCUCAAUGGUUAUCUUCGUCUUCGCCGGCGAGGGCUCCGGCAUGGCUUUCAACAAGCUCACUAGCAAUGGAUCCUCGACGCCGGCUGGCCUUAUUCAGGCGUCUCUGGCUCAUGCCUUCGCAUUGUUUGUGGCGGUUUCCGUCGGUGCUAACAUUUCAGGGGGACACGUCAACCCGGCUGUGACCUUUGGUGCCUUCGUUUGCGGACACAUAACACUGUUAAGGGGAAUCUUGUACUGGAUUGCUCAGUUGCUCGGAUCUGUCGUUGCUUGCUUGCUUCUUAAAUUCGCCACCGGUGGAUUGGAAACGUCGGCAUUUUCGUUGUCAACUGAUGUGAGCGCAUGGAAUGCUGUGGUGUUCGAGAUCGUGAUGACCUUUGGGUUAGUCUACACCGUCUACGCUACUGCAGUAGAUCCCAAGAAGGGAAACCUUGGGACCAUUGCACCCAUUGCGAUUGGUUUCAUUGUGGGUGCCAACAUCUUGGCUGGUGGGGCAUUUGAUGGUGCUUCCAUGAACCCAGCCGUGUCUUUUGGUCCUGCAGUGGUAAGCUGGACAUGGACCAGUCACUGGGUCUACUGGGUUGGGCCACUGAUUGGUGCUACACUUGCUGCCCUUAUCUAUGAUCACAUCUUCAUCGAUUGCAACACGCACGAGCAACUUCCCGUCGCGGAUUAUUAAGAAGAUUAAUCUGUGUCAGAUUCAAUUGAAGGUCUCUGUUUAUGUUUCUGUCUCUCUGCAACUCCCUCUAUUAAGUCUUGAGUGAGCACAGAGAAUGAUGUUGGGGAAAGAGUGCAAUGGUUGAUUUGAUCAAGUGAUGGCCUGGUCUGGGAUUGUGGAAUUUGGUUUUCUUUUUCCUUUUCUGUGCUGUGGGUGUCUAGGUUUGCUUUUGAUGUUUUAAUUCCUUUUCAUUCUAGAGUUGGUAAGAGUUCAAGGCUGCUGUAAAAUUUAAUGUUU